AUGGUGGCUGCACUCACGGCUCUUGCUAGUCCCACCCUGAGGGCUGAAGAUUUGAGGACAGCCAUGGUUUCUGCUCUUGGCUUUGGUAAUAGCAAAGUCGUCACAGAAGAAGUCACGGUUCCCAUUGUAGUCAGGGCAAGUGGGAGAAUCAAGAGGGAAAAGGAUAAGCUUGUUAAGGAGGAGAAGCUUGCUAAGAAGGAGGAGAAGCUUGCUAAGAAGGAUGUGGCUAAGGACAAAUCAGGUGAAGCCAAUGCCAAAUCAGGUCGUAACGAAGCCUAA